AUGACCGGUGUGGAGGCGGUUUGUGGCGUCGGUGGCUGUGCAAGAAAGGGAAACGGGAAAGAUAAAGCACGGGCGCAUAACCAAGUUCACGACAGCUCAAGCAACAUGGACCAACAGGAACCGCCAGAGUUUAUCCUCGAUGUAUUUACUGACCCGCGCUCCGUUCGCGACGUCGUUAAAGGUAUACUUCACACGAUAUUCUUUCACAGAUUCUUUCCUUCUCUAGUUCCUCAAACUCGUGAAGUUCUGGACCUCACUCUUCCCUAUGUCGACGACGAUGAGCUCGAGACUAUGAUAGAGCAGCGCGUCGCGGCCUUUGAGCGACAGAUAGACACCCAGCGCACAUCCAGCGGAACAAAUAAUGCUUCCGGUGGAAGCGCGACCGGGGGACGCGGGCAGCUGGUUGUGCAGUUCUUCGAGAAGCGCCGGCGCAAGGCCUGGUUGUCUCGUGGCGAUGAAGAGGUCUGCUGGGAAUGUUGGACGAUCAAAGUAACCGUCGCCGAGCCCAGAACAGAAAGCGACAGUUCUUUGGCUGGGAACGUCACGUUGGUUAUGCUGAUUACAAAGGCCGCACCAAAGGUUUCAGCCUCGUAUGCCGCGCGAGAGCCAGACACGGCAGAAUCCCCAACACAGACUCUUGAAAGCGUCUGA